UCUGGUUUACUGCCAGAAAUACAUUAUGGGCUUCGGUUGAUUGUCGCUGAGGAGCUGCGUAAAGUUCUUUUAUCUCUCCAUGUUUUGUUCAUCUAUAUUUGCCAUUUGCUUAAAAUUCUCUGCUCCUGUUUCAACAUACAAAUCCAAUGUGAGUUCUGUCAAUAUGAGAGAGUAAAACGUAAACAUCAAACCCCUAUGUUAGCUAUCAUGGAAUCCUAUUUUGACCCGUCUCCAGGUCAAACAGAAGAACCUCAGGAUUUUGAAUUUGACCAAUCUCCAGGUCAAGUUUCUUUAGAAGAACUUUAUGAGCUUGAGGAGAUUAUUAGCCUUGAAGAGGCGUUUUCCUUUUUUGAUGUAACAAGGGAUGGGUUUAUUGACCCAGAAGAGCUGAGUAGAAUUCUUAAUAGGCUAGCAGUGUCUUCUCACUACUGGUUCUGCAGCCACAAAGAAAUUCAAUGUGAGAUCAGUCUCUGUGGGAAAAAUUAUAAAGAUAGAAAUUGGAUCUCCGCGUUUAUUAAUAUGUGGCAAGCUUUGUUGUUUUCUAGAGCUUUUCCAGGACAAAUUUUCACUGAACCUAAUGGUUCACUUCCUGGUGUGCCUUCCAAUAAUCAAAACUCUCCUGUCACCGAGGCACAUAAUCCUGAGGAAAUAUCCACUCAGGCCAAUACCCCAGUUCCAAAUCCUGAAACUUCAUCAACACCAUUCUCAUACAAUGCAACUUCUGAUCCUGAGGACCAAAGGGACCCUUCUUCUCCGCCUGGAAAUCCAGAAGAACAAUCACACCCCAACAAUUCUAGCCUGGUAAAGACAUUCCUGACGAUCUCAGCCGGAGCAGUUUACACUCUGUUAACAAUUCGGUACAGCAGCAACACCUCGUUGUCCCAUAAGGCCAAAAUCCUUUCAUGUUUUGCCGCAGCCUGCAAUUUUUUCGGGUUUCUGUUUUGCCUAUUCGGGAUGCUACUAUCUGACCCCAGACCUGGAGGAGCGCCACGAGCACGAAUCGUUUUGGGUAUCGGAUACAUUUUUGUUGCUUAUGGAUUCAUAGCAGUGAUGGCAUUACAGAUGUGGGAGAGCGAUCUUCUGCUGUGGGUUUCUGCUGUGGCUUCUGUCGGAUUAUUUCCCGCCUUAAUCUAUGCAAUAUUCAUUAGAGAUGAAUCGUCCAAAUGUGCACAUUGGAGAUGUUGGUGAACAAUCCUAGCGGCAGGGACAAUGCAUUUUAGGUUCGGAAGGUUCAUUCCUAGCUGGUUGUGAGUUUCUUUAGGCCUUGUAAGUUCUCAUUUUAUUAUUUAUUUUUCUUAAUGUAAUCAUAGCA